UUUUAUUAGACAAUUCAGUUUGGAUUUGUUUGGUUGAAUAGUUUUUUUACGGUCAAAUUCCAAAUAUUGUUUUCUGUGAAUAAUAGUUUGAUAUAUUAAUUUAGUUAUAGAGUUGAUUGUCCAAACUGAGAAUCGAAGAAAUUUAAAUAUACGUUGAUUACGUUGUGAGUGAGUAACCUGUAAUUUAAGAUCGAGAUGGCUAAUGAAAUUGAGCAAGAUCCUCAAGAUGGAUUAUACGGUCUAUGUAUCUUCGGAGCUGAACACUCAACAGAUGACGAGGUUGUGAAAAUAUGUAAUAAGUUUGGGGCAGUUGUGAGGUGUAACAGAAGUAAAAACUUAGUGUUUAUUCGCUACGCCAAGAGAGAGGAAGCAGUCGCUUGCUUAAACUCUGACCAGCUACCGUUCCAAGUAAGAACUGCAACAAGAAAGAAGAAUAGGAACGUAACACGGCCCACUCGAUACAGCAAUAGAGACAGUGUGGGCAGCUCGAAAGACUCAAGCUGGAAGAACAAUGACGGUGAUUUUUCAUAA